CGGGGGAAGCUACUUAGCUUGAUGAUUGUUCUUCGUCGGUGAAAAGAAGUGCGUAUGUAAUUAUGUAAACAUACUCCCAUUCAAUUGUUUUAGUUUGCAGCAGAAAUAUUUAAACGAAGGAAAUACUGUUCAAGAGCGAUUUUGGCCUCGAAGAAAUGGAGUGCGGAUGCCUCUUUUAUUUUCUGGCUGCUCUCGUUUAUAAAACGACUGCGUUCUCGAACAACUCAUAUUUGAUCACGUUUCCAUCAACAAUUCGCCCCGGAAUGACCGUCGAUGUGAACGUCCUUAUCCUUAGAACAUCCCCUUCAGAUGCCAAUGUGUCUGUGACAGCAGCGUUGUUCAUUGCAUCUCGGCAAGUUGUCUCGGGAGUGGGACUAUUUAGUAGAGGCGAACUAGGAUCAAUUAAAUUGGAGAUUCCUAUGAAUGAAUCCAAUCAAAACGACGACGAACAUUACGUAAGAAAAAACAUUCGUGUCAUUGGCUCUGGGGGGCUGACAUUCAAUGAAACAAAGUCAGUGAAUUUUGACGUAAAAGGACUUACAAUUUACAUUCAAACUGACAAAGGCAUCUAUAAACCCGGACAAACGGUCCACAUUCGUGUUAUUCCUGUUUAUCCAAGUUUGAAAAUAUAUCACGGAAGAAUGACGAUCACUGUUUAUGAUUCAAAAAGCAACAAACUACGACUGUGGAAAGAUGUAGCCUCGAGUUCAGGAGUGGUAUCGAAAGAUUUUGAGCUCUCCUCUCAGCCUAACUUCGGAGAUUGGAAGAUCAAAGCUGAAGUGGAGGGUCAAUCAAACGAAGUUUCCUUCGAAGUAAAAGAAUAUGUCCUUCCAAAGUUUGAAGUAAAAGUCCUUACCAACGGUUAUGCCACCAAAGGGAACGGGGAUGUGUGUGGAACAGUGACGGCCAAAUACACACAUGGAAAAAAUGUUAAAGGGAAAGGAACGCUCUCUGUUCACUUCACUUGUUAUCAGCGAUGCAAGAAAUUCCAACUUGAUUUUACUGUUGAUGGAAGCUAUUCAUUUGUCAUUCCCAAGGAUAGAAUCGAGAGUAUUUACCCCACUUCUUUCGGUGAACCGUAUAACUAUGGUAUUGCACUUACUUUGAAUGCGUCUGUCACGGAAAUCCUAACUCAAAAGACAUAUUACGGCGAAGCUCUUGUGAGAUUAUAUCGAAGUGCCGCUCUUCUUGACUAUCCUCAAUCAAAUCCUCAAGCAUUUAAACCCGGUUUUCCUUUGCAAGUUCUUAUUAAAGUACAACGUCCGGAUGGCAGUCCGCUGGUCAAUACCGUGGUGCCAGUGACGUCAACAAUAAACCCAAGCAAUACAAAGUACUCACGAGUUUACACUAGCGAUAAAAAUGGCUACGUACUGAUGACGCAAACCCUUCCAGUUGGGGCUACUUACAUCUACAUAAAGGCCAAAGUUUCUGACGAAUAUGGCGAAGAAAGUAGUAUGUACCAGAGAAUUACAAGUUUUACUUCUGACAGUAAAACUUACAUUGCAGUUACGGCUGAAUUCAAUGAAUUAAACGUUGGAAGCGAAAUACUCUUGAAGAUCAAGUCUACCGAAGCACUUUCCUCAUUUAAUUAUAUUGUCCUGUCACGUGGACUUGUCGUAAAGUCUGGUACGGUUUCCGUCUAUCCAAUGGCCACGCGUGCAACCCUAAAGUUUCGGGCAACCACCGCCAUGGCACCAUCUGCCAAGAUUGUAGUUUAUUUUAUACGUGAUGAUGGUGAAGUUGUUGCAGACAGCACUGCUCUCAAAAUCAAUGGCGCAUUUGAAAAUGACGUUUCUGUACAAUUUAGUCGUGCCCAAACAAAACCAGGAGAAGCUGUAAGCGUGAAAAUCAAGGCAUCUCCCUUCUCACAAGUCAGCCUGCUAGCGAUAGACAAAAGUGUUCUUCUUCUAGAUAAAGGAAACGAUUUGACAGUUACUGAGGUGAUGAAUGACUUGGCAUCGUUUGGAGGUGACCAUUCAAAUUACUUUCCUCCUUGGUGGAGAUGGCGCAGGCGCAGAUCAUUCUUCCCGUGGUAUCCCAGGGCAACUGACUCUUUUCAAAUAUUCCAGAGAGCGAACCUCGCUAUCGUAACCGAUUGCAAAAUAAACGAAAGACUUUACAUCGUGUAUAAAACAAAGGAAUCAAGGCCUGACGUUUCGUUUUCCGAUAUGCGUCGAAUUCAGUAUUCCAACACUGAAAACACUCAACCUCUCGCUGAAGUAAAGAAAGUCCGAACAUUGUUUCCCGAAACCUGGCUUUGGAAAACUGUGACCACUGACUCAUUUGGCAAUGCACGGCUAGACAGUAAUUCGCCCGACACGAUUACAUCAUGGGUUCUAAGUGGUUUUGCUGUUUCAAAUCUCACUGGUUUUGGUGUAGCAAAUGAAAAGCAACAGCUUCGAGUUUUUCAGCCUUUCUUCAUUUCAAUGGACCUUCCAUAUUCGGUAGUCAGAGGAGAGGAAGUUGCCAUACGAGUGCUCGUGUUCAACUAUAAUAAUGAAGACGUGGAGGUGACAGUGACUUUAAAAGGCUCUAAUGAUUGGUCGAAUAUGAUCGAGACCACCACGAAUAAUAUUUUCAUGGAUCUUCAUCGUAAUGACGUAAAAUACGUGCUGAAAGUAUUGGCUAACAACGGUGCAGCUGUGUCAUUUCCCAUAGUUCCCAGCAAGCUUGGUAACAUACCCAUCACCGUUCGUGCGCAGACUGCAACGUUUGCAGAUGCAGUGACGCGAACACUGUUAGUAGAGCCCGAAGGUGUUGAACAAGAGUACUCGUACAGUCUUCUCAUAGACCUUAAUUCAACAGCACGUUUCAACGGGGAACUUGAGCUUGCUCUGCCGUCCAAUUUAAUAAAUGGCUCUGCAAAGGCGGCUAUAUCUGUUAUUGGUGAUAUAAUGGGAUCCUCCAUUAAUGGCAUCGAAAAGUUGCUGCGAAUGCCUUACGGUUGUGGUGAGCAAAACAUGAUCAAUUUUGCACCCAGCAUGUUCAUCCGCGCUUACCUGGAAACCGUUGAUCAGCUAACAUCGAGUAUUCGGGAGAAAUCCGUCAGAUACAUGACGUCAGGUUAUCAAAGGGAAUUGUCAUAUCAACAUUCAGAUGGCUCCUACAGUGCUUUCGGUGAAAGACGCGGUAUAACAAGACCAGGAAGCUUAUGGUUAACGGCGUUCGUUGUGAAGUCGUUCUCUCGUGCAAGGUCUUAUAUCUACAUCGAUCCGAGAUCACUGAACAAAAGUAUGACUUUCAUUUUGAACAACCAAGAAAGAAACGGAGAGUUUCGUGAAACCGGAAGCGUCGGCAGCUAUUUACAGGGUGGAUUGAAAUCUUCAUCGCCUGAAGCCUUGACCGCGUACGUUCUUGUGUCACUUCUGGAGUCUGGUGACCAGAGUAACAGAGCUAGGCGAGCUGUGGCGUCAACUGUACGAUACCUGAAAAGCAAGCUACAAGAGAUGACCGACGUGUACACAUUAUCAUUGGUUGCCUACGCUUUUGAACUGGCUGAUGACGUAGCGAAGGAGGUUGUUCUAAACAGAUUGACGGUCAGGGCCAUAAGAGAAGACGGAACUGUUCACUGGGAAGAAGAAAAGUCCGAAUCACAUCAAGGAAGUCCCUGGCGCCGUCCUUACUACCGACCCAGGUCAGCGGAUAUCGAGAUGACGUCAUACAUCCUACUUGUGUAUGCUCACCGAAGAGAUGUUAGAACUGGGUUACCUAUCGCACAGUGGUUGGCCCAACAACGGAACUCACUCGGUGGUUAUUCGUCCACUCAGGAUACUGUGAUUGGUCUCCAGGCCCUUUCAGAGUUUGCGCCACUCGUAUUUUCAUCCGAAGUGAACUUCGUUAUUGACUUGAGACUGUCGGCCCGAGCCAGCUACGAGAAGCGAUUCCAUGUCGACAAGAGUAACCUCGUUGUCUUACAGCAAGAGGAGCUUCCUAUUGUCGGAGGAAAAGUCUUCAUCGCAGCCAACGGUACAGGCAUCGGUGUUUUACAGGUUGGAGUUACGUAUAAUAUCGAUAAACCUCUAGCUGACAACUCCUUCGAGGUCUUUGUUACUGUUAAAGCCUCUGACAACAAUGUGGUGAAGGCUCAGCCUUGUGUACAAUACAUUGGCCAUGGUCAGGAAUCUGGAAUGGCCAUUCUGGAGUUUGGUUUGCCAUCUGGAUUUAGUCUCGAUCAAGACGAAGCAAACCGACUCUUGAACGAUCAAUCGAACAAAAUCAAAAGAGUCGAAAACCCCGGACGGAAAGCUAUUUUAUAUUUUGACAAAAUUCCGAAGUCGGAAAACCUCUGUGUAGAUGUAAAGUCGGUCAGAACCCAUGCAGUUGGCAAGGCUCAACCUGUUGCUGUCGUCAUAUAUGACUAUUAUAGACCAGAAAAACGCUCGACAACGAUGUAUUCCACACAAAAUGACGUCAGCGUGUGUGACGUGUGCGCUGAAUGCACGCACUGCAAUCAACGCGGCGGAGGUCACGCGACACGCGUGGUGUCCUUUACGCAUUUGGUCAUCUUAGUGCUUACUAUAUUUUUGUACAAUAUAUGAUAACAUUUUUAGAAUUGUAGAGCUUUGAGUAAUGGGGCUGUUUUAUAACCGCGGCUAAACGGGACUCAGGGAAGCGUGAAAUGAUUUUGAGUCAUUGAAAGGAGUUAAAACUUCUGAUGUAAAACUUACAACCUUUUCUAAAGCGCCACGAAUCAUUUUGUUGUAAGUCUUCGACCAGGCUUUCCUUUUUAGCGUUUUCGAAUUCAUAAAGUCAGAGCAUUGUGAAAUUGCUCAAGAAAAUAUUUUUGCUGUUAAGUAUUGAGUCUUUUCCAUUCACCCAAAACAUUUAACGCUUUGCUCAAUCCCUGUUACCCGGGCUCAGGUAAUCAGCCCUUAAUUAGGUAAUUGUUGUGACUUGAUCAGAAUGUCUGUGUCAAAUCUGCGCAGUGAACUAUAUUUAUUUCACUUACAUAUUCAUUUUUUGUAUAAUAUCACAAGAAAAUCAAAUUGUUGUAUAUUAUCACAUGAAUUAGUCAAUAUAUAUUCUUGAUAAAUUGCUUUUUAAAAUUCAUGUAGUGAUGUGUUAUGCUGCAAAAAUAUGUCAUUUUACUUCA